CCGAGUUCAGGAGGUGGGGAAGGCGAUGGUGCCUCUUUCGCUCCGCCCCACACAGCGGCGCCGUUGCCGGGCAGCCGCCGCCGUGGGUUCGCUACGGGAGCGCUGUGCCACGGUUUUUGAAGUGUGUGAUGAAGGUAACAAAGGCUAUCUGGACAGAGAGGACUUUGAAGUUGCUGUAGUGAUGUUGUUUGGUUAUAAGCUGUCAGAGGUGGAGGUGGAUUCGAUAAUGUCUUCUGUGAGACCAGAAAAUUCAGGUAUAUCAUUUGAAAAGUUUUUAAGUCUCAUGAGUGCAAAGAAAUCUGCACAACUAUAUGGUGAUGAAGCAAGAGAAAUAUUCAUAGCUUUUGACAUGCAAGACAGAGGAUUCUUGACUUUUGAAGACUUUAAGAAAACCUUCAAUUCUGUUCUUCCAAAAUUAUCUGAAAGAGUCAUAAUUGAAGCCUUCAGUGACUGCUGGGGCUUUCCUGGAACCAGGGAAACAUCGGGGAGCAGCUGGGUCCAGAGGUGGCCACAGCUCCAGCCAAUUUCUGUGGACCUAGAUGGGAAAACAGCCUUCAGUGUUUGUGUGGAUGACAUCACCCUUGACCCUCCACAAAACUUGAAUAUACAUGCUCCGGAAAGUGGUAAAUGAGCAUCUGUCAAUACAUUUGAUUGCAACAACUGCCUGAAGAUGGAGAUCCUCUAGCAAGAGCCCCAAGAACUGUAUUGUGGACUCCAAUUGCAGAACAACUGACUAAUAAGCUGGGAUUGUUCAGUGAGGAAUGAAAACUGAGGAAGGAUGCAGUAACAAUACUCAAAUGAACACAGGAAUGUCCUUAGCAGCUCUUCCUGAUGAUCUGUACUUGAGAAAAUGUGAUGCCUUGGUUUUUCCUUUUGGGACUGCAGAGAAAAAACAGCAUCUGGUGUUUGAGGAUGCUGGGGAUUUACACCAUAUUAUGUGUAAUGUCUCUACUGUAAAUAAACAAAAUGAAUAAUUAAGUGAAUAACGAGGUGUCCUGAAUUAUGACUUCUCUGGCUUCAUCUAUGGAAAAUCAAAGUCUGUCCUGAUGCAGAUACUGGUGACAUAUUGGAUGUAGGUGCCACAUUCUGGACUUACCAAGAAGGUUGGCACUCAACAGAAGUCACCGUGAUGGGGCAGGAGGAGCCCCCUCCUAUGGAUGGCUGUUGCAUUGGCUUCAUGAAGGCUGCAGUGGGGACACAUGAAGGAGAUUCAGGCACAGGAGGAGAAAAAAAUGGAAGAAGCUCAGGAGAAACAGGUAAACAGGAAAUGGGAAAAAAUCAAACAACAAGCUUUUUCAGAAGAAGCAGAGCAAGUACAUAAUGUUUGUUUCAAGCUACCUAUAGAAAUAGUUACGUAAAUGAAAAUGUUUUUAAGCUACCAAUAAGCACUCGCCUCCAUGUACACUGCUAAGGAUAUUGUACAGACUGGUGGGUGUUUUAUAGAGAUGCCAGUAGACAGACAGGCUUUUGAUGACAAAUCAUGUUGUAUGCAAGGUGAGAAACAGCACAGAGAGCAUUGUCCUUGAUUGAGAACUGGGCUUACACCUCUGGGGCGGAGCAGAGGGAAAGCUGAACAGGCCUUGCACAGCACUGCCUGUCCUUGCUCCAUCUGUGAGCAAAGCAGCAAGCUGGCUGGGGUGCUGCUGGCAUGCAGGUGUCGGCAUUGUGGUGCCCCUGCCUCUGUGAGUGCACUGACAGCACAUCCUCUGUGCAGACAGUGUGCUGCUUUUAGUAUAGUGCUAUAGAGCUCCAAGAAAUGUGAAACUCAAAAAAUAAUGUUUCUUUGGCAAAAUGCUGAGUGCUUUGUGUUGGCUUUGUUAGUAAUAAUAGCAUAAAUACAAGAUGGAUUUUAUUACACAUAGUUAUUAGGCAUAAAACUUGAACAGCAAAGAAGUAUCAGCAUGUGUAAAGCUCUUCUUUCACAGAACUAGGAGUAAGCCUUGCUCGUACGUUUGAUAACUUUCUCUAACUCCUGUAAUUAUAAUGUAUGGAGAGUCCAAGGAGCCAUCACUAGUGCAGAUCACAGAAUCACAGUGGUUGGAAGGAACCUCGGAGAUCACCCAGUCCAACACCGUAUUAAAGAGAUUCCCUAGGGUAGAUUACACAAGAAAGUGUCCAGGCGGGUUUUGAAUAUCUCCAGAGAAGGAGACACUGCAGCCACUCUGGGCAGCCUGUUCCAGUGCCCUGUUACCCUCAAAGUUAAGAAAAUUUUCCUCAUGUUCAGCUGGGACACCUCCUAUGUUCCAGUUGGUGCCCAUUGCCCCUUGUCUGUAAGAUUUACACUGUAAGAUUCACGUUCAGUCUUUUCUCCUCCAGGAGGUGCCACUCCCCUUAAAUUGCCUGGUCAUUGCACCACAUAAUUGAGGGCAGAAAUGGACCAUGUUUUCCUUCUGCUUGUGUACGUCAUGCAUAAACUCACACAUAAGCAAGGGAUUAUCUAUAAUGAUUCUUUGUGCAUUUAUCUUUUGAUAAAAAAAAGUUAUGUUACUUUCUUCAGCUCUCGUUCCUUUCGACUCCUCAGUCAUGUUCGCAAUGUGUCUCACUGGCAUGUGCUGAAAAGAGUCAUUAGCACACACUGAAGGGUAUCAAAUGGGAUGUUUGCAGCUGUCAUUUCACUGGAUUAUCUUUGGCUGUUCCCCCAGUUCAGGCUAAUUGUGUCUGUUGUCACUAGGCAGUCGGAGGACUAUGCAGCAGGGGCCCAAUGAAAGAAUCUCUUCAUCAGACUGUGUGUAGGGGUAGGAAACCUGUGGGAAAUUAAUGCUAAGGACAUGAGAAGAGCAAGUAAGCACAGAGGAAGAACAGAACUUUGUUUGCAGCUGAGUGACGUUUGAUAACUAACAGAAUGUGGCUUUUUGGUGAAGCUAAUUCUUCAUUCAAUUCAAUUUCAUUUAAAAAGAAGCAUCCACAAAUUCAAAACAAUCUGACUGUGUCCCCUGGCCUGCCUCUGGCACGGCAAAUAUGGCUACAAGCAACUCCACGUGGGCGCAGCAAUACAGCCCGCAGGUGGGGAUGCCUGAGGCAUUUCCUCAGAUUCCCACUCAUGUGGCCAGGAGGUCCCUCUGAACGAGGGAAAUGUAACGUCUGUGAUCAGACUGUGCUCCUGACAGCAUGGGGACAUUCGGGGAGAGAUUCCCUGCGUCUGAAGCCCUGUCAGAAAUACAACCAACAGCACACACCGUGUGGCACAGCUGGGAGCCAGUGGGAUGCCAGAUGCCCUUCAGCCAGUCCUCUUUCUCCACCUCUGUUUUCUCUCAGCUGUUUAUGGCAGAGACAAGGGUGUGUGUAAAUAACCACGUGCCCCAAGGAAUGUAUUUAGGGUGUUACACUCAAGGAGUAAAAAAAGCAUGUAGACGCCGGCUGCCUUGCUGCACUGCGUGCAGACAUACACAUUAGGAAAGCUGAUGUGAAGUUUUACUGUGUCAGUAGUUGAGCACAUGAAUAUUUCAUGGAGAAUUGUUAGGUAAAUAUGCAAGAGGUUUUUUGUUCAGAUACGAAUUUGCCUUUACUCAGGCAUUGAAUUCUGUGGACGAGAGGUUCAAUAUUUAAUGCAGUGUGUGUGUAACCAUAUGAACUGGUGCUUCUCAGAGAGAGGGUGUUUCUUUAAAAUAUGUUCUCAGUCUAAUAUAGCUUAAAUGAAGUCAGUGGCACACAGGAUGUGCUGCAGGUAGGAGAGCGAUAACACGAGUGUGGCUCUGCAUAACACUUGCAUUUUUUAUUUUAUACUUUCCAGCUCUUUGGAUUUUGUUUGCAAGAGGAGUUUGGUGCAAUCAGUCACAGCUCCUACAGGAACACAGAAAUUUGUUAACACUAAAAAUCCCCCUUAAGAUGGCGUUCUGUACCUCUCCUCCUUCACCUUCCUCCCUUGCCUGCCAGAAUGAGAGUGUGUGUCAGGGCAGGGUCCCGCCGGGAGCAGCUUUGGCAUGAGGCUGGCAGGCACAGAUGGCCGGCAAGCUGCAGCCCCAGUCCUCCUUGGCUGCUCGACCACACCGGAUCCUCUGAUGGGUCCUCAGCAGCCAGCAAGAGCGUGUUUGCUCCAAAUCUUGGCUCCCUUGCUUUCCUCAGGCUGACAACAGACACACUGCAGUCCCUCUCAAGCAAACCCUUCCCUGUGUGCUGCAGGCUUGCAGCCUUGUGGUCACCAUCACGAUGUCCUCCUCAUCCCUCUGUCUGAGCACACUGUGGUUGCCUGGACUACUUGGUUGCAUUUCUUUCUUUCCUUAUGGCUUUUUUUUCCCUCCCCUCUCUGCUUUGCAUUUCUCUUCCCACCAUGAUUCCCUUGCCCAUGCUAGAAAAAGGAGGAAUCCAUGACAGUGGUACCAGAGCGUCUUGUGAAUAUGACACAGUGCUAGACAGCUCAGACAGCACAAUUAUGUUGGAGGCAGUGGAACUGAGCCUUUUUAUUCCACAGCUGAGAUCCUGACUUCUAUUUUCAAAAGAUUAAUUCUUUUUAGGUUUACAGAAGUCAGCCAAUGUCUACUCCUUGCUGUUGCUUUUUCUUGUCAAAGCACUUACAUUUCUGCGCUUCCAACAAUCUUUUUAUUGGGAACAGCAAAGGAGUUUUAUAAGAAUAAUGCACUUGUCUCUGAUGCUCAAUCAAUCUAAUUUUCAGCCGCUUCAAAGUUUGCCAAGCGCCACAGCUUAAAAAUCCACACUUGAGCUUCUCACAGCGUGUGAGAGAUGCUGCCUGAAUUUCUGGGCAUUCAAAGCUUGUGCUAUCCUCAGGCAACAUCAAUUUGUCCAUUACUGCAAUGAGCCCAUAUUGCUCUCUGUGGUUUGAUUCAGUUCCAGUGGCAAAUUACAAGAUUUAGGAGCAACUGAGAAAAUAUAGGUGGGAAUUUCAAAAGUUCCUUCAGCGCAUCCCAGCCCAGCUCCUUCCUUAGAACUCACAGCACUUGUGCUCCAGGUCAGCCAGUAACUAUGGCUGUACGUAACACUAUUAUAUUUCUGCUGUGGUUUAUUAGGAGAGUCCAGCAGGCAUCCUUAUUUCUGAAGUGACUGCAAACUGCCCUUCCAAAAAGCCACGUGGGCCAUCUCACUUGCAAACAUACAUAUAUGUUUACUAAAACAGAACAAAGUGUAUGUAUGAAAGAGGAGACAAAAACGAGUUGCCACCCUGGAACAGAGUCCUGGAGAACUGAAUUUCAACAAAUAAUUUUUUAAUAUAGAGGCUUCCCUGUGUUGUUAUGCUGUGAGGUAUAAUCAUAUUGGUUAACAUGUCAUAACAGCUUUUAUUCACUGUUUCUUAUGACAGCACAGUUUGGAAAACUGAGACGGUAUCAUGAUCCCCAUUUAUUUCACCAGAAUGUUUCCUUUUUGCAGGUUGGCAUUUAGUAACACUGCUCUUUUGUUUCCAUUGGUUUCCUGUCAAUGCUACUUUCUGUCUUAGACAUUUCCAUACAGUAAUAAUUCAGUGUUUAGUUAGAAAAUACUGUCAGGAUGUACUUACUUGUAUUUAAACACUUUUCAGUGGGAAGAAUUAAAAAAGAAAACCUCUGGAAACAUACCUGUUGAUUUGUGAUUCUGUAAAACAUCUUUUACCUCAGUUGUAUGCCAGAUUUGCCCCUUCAGCAUUGCUUUUACAGGAGCAGGAGAGAGUAUGGCUCAAAAUGCAUUAAAGAAAAGAGAAACGGCUGAUAUAUUCUGUUAUUACUCAAAUGAUGUUUCAAGCAUAAAACAAAAGGUGAAGCAUGAGUGAACAUCUUGCAAAGCUGAAAAAGAGAGAACCUCUCCUUUUAUUUAAAAUACUUGUAUGUGUUGAGAUGCAACAGAAGUCCCAGAUAGUCUUCGUUUGUGAAAAUCAAGCCAUAGCAGUUCAGCCUAGAUGCCUGGAUGUGGAUUUGGUGCUCAGACACCUUUGGAAGCUCAUUACAUGUUGAGCCCAUGCACCAGAAGAUGCUGCAGAGGAGCAGCCCUACAUCAUGACUUGCUGUGCUGCACCUUUUCUCUUCCUUCUUCUUGUGCCUAUUUCCCUUGGGACUAAGACUUGGUGCACUGAGUGCAUUUCAUCCCUUGGCCAGCAGCACCAUGGAUUAUAUGACAUUGG